GCCGGGGGCCCAUGCGGGGCCUGCCGCCGCCAUGGGGUCGCGCAUUAAGCAAAACCCGGGGACCACGUUUGAAGUCUACGUCGAAGUGACCUGUCCUUUGGUGGCAGGCUCAGAUCCGGAGGUGCGGAGGCAAUUCCCCAAGGACUACAGUGACCAGGAGAUUCUGCAGACGGUGGCCAAGUUCUGUUUCCCUUUCUACGUGGACAGCCUCACGGUGGGACAGGUUGGGCAGAACUUCACGUUUGUGCUCACGGAUAUCGACAGCAAACAGCGGUUUGGCUUCUGCCGUUUAUCGUCGGGGGCCAAGACCUGCUUCUGUAUCCUAAGUUAUCUCCCAUGGUUUGAAGUCUUUUACAAACUGCUCAAUGUUCUGGCAGACUAUACAAUGAAGGGCCAGGACAGCCAAAGAUGCGAACUUCUGCAGACGCUUUAUAGACUACCAAUUCCUGAGCCAGCCACUUCUGUUCAUCUCAGUGUGCACUCUUACUUUACGGUGCCUGACACCAGAGAACUUCCCAGCAUUCCUGAAAACAGAAAUUUGACGGAGUAUUUUGUAGCCGUGGACGUCAACAACAUGUUGCACUUGUAUGCUAGCAUGCUGUAUGAGCGCCGCAUCCUCAUUUGCUGCAGUAAAUUGAGCACGUUAACGGCCUGCGUCCACGGUUCAGCCGCCUUGCUUUACCCAAUGUUUUGGCAACACGUUUACAUCCCUGUUCUGCCUCCUCAUCUCUUGGACUACUGCAGCGCUCCGAUGCCCUACCUCAUAGGAGUUCAUUUAAGCCUGAUAGAGAAAGUUAGAAAUAUCUCUCUGGAAGAUGUGGUCAUCCUUAACAUGGACACUAACACGUUGGAAACACCUUUUGAUGAUCUGCAGAGCCUUCCAAAUGAUGUGGUCUCUGCCCUGAAGAACAGGUUGAAGAAGGUCUCCAUGACCACAGGGGAUGGCGUGGCAAGAGCGUUCCUGAAAGCCCAAGCUGCCUUUUUCGGGAGCUACCGAAAUGCACUGAAGAUCGAGCCUGAGGAGCCCAUCACAUUCUGUGAAGAAACAUUUGCUUCUCACCGAUCCGCCACCAUGCGACAAUUCUUGCAGAACGCCAUCCAGCUGCAGCUUUUCAAGCAGUUCAUUGAUGGCCGUCUUGAUCUUCUCAACUCUGGAGAAGGGUUCAGUGACGUUUUUGAGGAAGAGAUCAACCUGGGUGAAUAUGCUGGAAGUGACAAACUUUACCACCAGUGGCUGUCAACUGUUAGGAAAGGAAGCGGGGCCAUUUUAAAUACAGUGAAGACGAAGGCAAAUCCCGCCAUGAAGACGGUCUACAAAUUUGCAAAAGAUCAUGCAAAAAUGGGAAUAAAGGAGGUGAAAAAUCGCUUGAAGCAAAAGGACAUCAGUGAAAAUGGCUGUCCCACCAUGCCUGAAGACUCCAUCCCAAGGACAGCCCCAUCUCCCCUGCCUGAAAAGAGAGACCCCAAACUCCGAGAUGACAGGCGACCAAUCACUGAUCACUUUGGCCUGCCAAGCGCCCGACCGGUGAGACCACCACCUCCCAAGAUCCAUCGCUCCACCAGGCCCGUUCGGCCGCCCAGACCCCAAGUGGUCAGAAGACCCAAAGGCAACCUUGCUGCUGUGGAUGGUGGUCGGAGGACAUCCGUCUCCAGCCCAGAACACCUGGUCAAGCCCACCCGCCACUAUACGGUCUUCCUGCUGGAGGAUUCUUCCGGCGAUGAGCUUCCUCAGGAAGAUGAGCCUGUCUCUGCCUUCUCUGACAGCUUCCUCUUCUCUGCUCCUUUUGAAUGGCCUCAGCCUUAUCAAGCUCUGAAGGAAUCUGACAGUGCUGAUGGAGAGGAAGGCAUCAAUCCUGAGAGACUCCACGCCGACAGCCACGCUGACCCAUCCACUCCAGAAAGUCCUGCGGAAAUUAGUCUCCUGGAAGACAUUUUUACAGGACUGGAGGUGGAGUCACAACCACAGCCGCUCAGCCAAGCCAGGAGCUUAGAGGAUCUGAGGAUUUCCAAAGAGGAAGGGGACCAGCAGUGUUCCUUUGAUUAUCAGCGGAUGGAUCCUGGUUUUUCCGAAAAGAGCUGGACCGCCCCGGGGACAAAGCUUUCCCACCCGUAUAAGCAGCUCUGGGGCCUAGGCCACGACGACAUGGCCCUGUCCACCAGGUGCUCCCCCAGGUCUCCAGAGAGAUUGUCGAGGAACGCGCCCCCUGUCCCAAGGAGGCCUCAGAGCAGAGACGGCAUUCUGGACCUCCUCGAGAAGGAAGUCGGGAGCUCUCCUGCUGCCCAAGGAAAUAUUACCAUCCCACGGCCCCAGGGGAGGAAGACGCCGGAGCUGGGCAUUGUCCUGCCGCCCCCCGCCCCCCGACCUUCCAAGCAGCAGGCACCGCCAGAGGCUGCCCCGUGCCUUGCAGGGCCUGGCCACCCGGCCUCGGAGCUCCUGCAGGAGACCUUUCCGGCCAGAAAUGUCCCUCUGGACUCCGACAUCAGGCCGCCAGCCAGUUUUGCUCCUCACCCCACCCAGCUUCCAUCCAGUGAAGCAGACAUGCUCCAGCCAGUCAAGGUCAACCCUGAGGGCGCCCGCCGAGACAGCGACUCUCUCCUCGCCCUCCUGGAUCCGCUGAAAUCGGGGAACGCUCCAGAGGCUGGCUUUCCACCGAGCUCCGGGGGCCAGCUCGGUUCCUCAUCUCCCAGCCCUGCCAGCAGCUUCCCCCCAGCAGGAGAAGACCUCAUGCCAUCUGCGUCGGCGCCGUUUCACCAGCUUCUGGGGUACCCUCCCUCUGUGACGCCGUUUGCGCCACCAUCCCUCAACCCGUUUGUACAGGCAGUGCCCACGCCUCUGCCCCUGUCCCUGGUCAGGCCCGCCGGGGGGCCGUUUGCCCCCUCGCUGGGCCACGCUUAUAGUUCCAGCUACAUCACCUCUAACUCGAGCUUCUUCCCACCCCAGAGGCCGCCCCCCAACCCUCUGACACUCUCCAUGCCCAACCUCUUUGCUCAGCCCCCCUCAGGCCCACCUCCCCCUCCGCCUCUUUCCCAGAGCGGUGCCCCUCGACCAGCCCAGCUCUGCGGCCCUUCGAAGAUCCGGACAUUGCCCCUUGCUCACUCUGCGGUCAAGAGGAGGCUGGCGGUGAGGCCCAGCAAUCUCCCUCUCGCUGGCCCCAAGACCACGGUCGUGGAGUCUGUCCUGUGCCCUUCAAAGACCCAGGGGGCCAAAGACCCCUUUGAAGACUUGUUAAAUAAGACCAAACAGGAAGUUUCCGUCACGCCCGGGAAAGUAGAGCAGCUGAGAAGGCAGUGGGAAACAUUUGAGUGAUCGCUGGGUCCUAGGCUGGGGUCGAGUCCAUACCAAAACCAGUAUUUCCCCAAGCGAGAAGGGUCACCCAACUGACCCUGCUCUCUGGGUGCCACCUUCUGCCCUACUAGGAGGAGGGCCUGGCUAAACCCUGAAUAGGAGCAAGGUGACCUCCCUUCACCAUUUAGCCAACCACCAUCACUGGAAAGGUGAUCUGGGCACCUUGCUGUUCGUUCACCUUUCCUCAGGAUAAGCAGAGAAUCGACAAGGGUUCAGCUCCUAUCCUGGUCUCUUCUUGGCCUAAUCUGCACCCAUAAUCAUGACCCGUCAACUCCCCUCCCUCCCUCCCGUCCCCAGGUGAGGAUUUGCUUCCAUACCAGUAUUGACUUUAAGAGUCUACUCUGUCUUUUCCCUAGCUGCGAUCACGUUGUGAGCACAGAUGCCCAGACCCAAGCCACAUUGAUCACGAGACUUCUGAACCUUUGGGGUUGUCGGUUUUUCAACCUUCUCCACCCUACAGUUGCGCGUGUUCAAGGCCGCGUGCUGUUCUCUGAGUCCCUUCCCCAUCCCCUUACGGUAAAACCACCCCAUUUUUCAGGGAACCAAUAGAAUGUCUUUUCAUACCUAUCAAAACAUUGGAUCCACCAGCAGUCAUUACAUUUUUUUAGAGCAGGACAUGUCAACCCAACCGUACCAUGGUUUCCCCCAAUCCUCCUAUAACUGUGCUAAUAUUAUAUGAACAUGUAUAUGCAUAGACAUAAAAGUGUUACCAGGCGGCUUCAUUCCCCAACCUGGUGGGAGGAUGGUCGGAGUCCAUACCUGGGGGUUCUUCUCUAGUGUGAAAGGCGUUAUGGCUCAAAGUCAAUCUGCCGCAAGAGGGAACACAGGUUGUGGUGAUGGGCAUAAUUCGUUUAAAGCGACUUUCACCCCUGAGCGUGGACUGGUUGCCUUUGGUCCUCCUAACCUGAAGGCGGAAAGAGGUCCGCCUGCUCUCUCUCAUUUCUCAACUUCUGCUGAAGGCCAGGUUCUCCCUCCAGGCCGUUUUGGAAGAAAAAAGCUCUACCAAGCCCUCUGCCAAGCCCCGGAAUCUCAGACAUGCUGAAGGACCUGUUGGUACACCUGCCUCUCUUUCUUUUUGUCACUUAAAUUGGGGGGAUUUUUUUAAAAACUGGGGCGGUUCGUUGUGGUUUUAAUCACUGUUGUGUGGGAAUUAGGCUAGCCAGUUCUCUGUAUCCACAAGAACGUAACCAUGUAGAAACGUGAGUAGGCAUUCUUCUACACCACCUCUUUUUCUUCCCAGUUGGUUUCUUUUCAAUCUCUUUGACCCUUACGCAGUUUUCCUACCAGCUGAGGUGUUAUUUUGGCUUCCAUCUCCACGCCUAAGCCUGUAGAGUCCAAGAACAUGAUUGAUCCCUCCAAAUACUGACUGUCCGAGGACACCUGUAGACCUUCUUUUGGCAUCAUCACACCUCUGUCCAGAACCGUUGCUUUUACAAGGCUUUCUCUGUGUUUUUUUGUAUGAUCACUUUUGCUGAGGGGGAGGGGGGAAAUAUGUUUUUGAUAUUACCUACUUCCGGAUAGUAAAAUAUUUGAAGUCCACCAAA